UUGGGAGCCGGGAGCCAACGUGUCCAGAGCUUCUAAAGACAACAGAGAUGACAGAGGAAGAACAAAGAUCCGAAUUCAGCUCCUUAUGCCACUUCUACACGCUGACCUGUCCCCGGGGUCAGUCUGCCAGCACCUGCAGCCGCAUGGCCGAGGACAAAUGCCUCACCCGCUUCAAGAAAUGUCAGAUGCGGUCGUUCCUGCAGACCCUGCUGGACCUCCUCCAGAGAGCCGAAGACUACAUCAGGGACAAGGUGGACUUGACCUUCUUCACCCAGACUCUGCCUCAGCUGGUGGAGCACAUCUACAGCACAGCUUUCAUUCACACCAGAGAGAGGAGAGACCUGGGGCUGAGGCAGAGUCUCACACAGAUAGAAGAACAGCUUGGUGGAGCUGUGGUGCCUGAAGAGCAGGGUCCCUCACCACUUCCUCCAGCCUUAUUCGAAGAGGUGGGCCCUUUGGUGGAUGACUGGGAGAACUACCUGAGGACCAUGGCUGAGGACCUGGACAAACAGCACACUGACACAUCCACAGACUACUCUUCUGCACCAGCAUCACAGGAGCACGACCUUUUCUCACAGACGGAAGACUCCUCGAUGCAUCAGCUAGAGGGACAAUAUCGAUCCGUCAUCUCAGCUCUACGCUCCAAAUUGAACUCUAGAGCUGCUCCUCCCAUCAUGCACCUGGACACAACCUACCUCCAGAAAGAGUCCCCGGUCGUUCCCCCCUUCCCCACGUCUUCUUCUGGGAGGCCGCUCCAGGCGGCUUCCUCGUCCAAGGAGGAAUCCCUGGAGCCGUGGUCCCUCCUAAAAGCCUUGAUGAAAGAAAUUGAACAAUUGAGAACACAAGAUGAGAUUGUGCCAAAUGAGUCUCAAAGUGAAACCUCAUCGAGUAGAGACGCUUUCCCUGAUGUAACGUGGAGCGCCAUCUCUGAGGAUUUUACUUUUGUUGAGACUGGAGAUGGAACAGAACUACAAACUCUAGUGUCCCCACUUCCAGUUCAGCCAACAACUAUUGUCCAGACAGUGACUGAGCACAGAGACAUGACAGCUGACCCCCGACAAACUGUGAAUGCUGUAAAGGCUAAAAGUCUUCAGAGGAAGUACAGGAGCCUUCUACGCAAGAGGCAGAUACCUGGAGCGAGUGGAAAAAUUUGUCCUGGAGUGAGAGAAUCCUCACAGCGGGUCAGCCAAGUCAGAGACUCCUACGGCUGGGUCAUAAACAUCCCAAACAAAAACCUGCGCAUGAAUUUCCAAGAGGUGUUAGUUGAUCUGAGCUCGAAGAACGAUCGAGGACUCUACCAGGCGCGGGUCAGGGCACUGGUGGGAGGACGACCUUUAACCUUCUACAGUCUGGUCGGCCUGGAGAACGAGUCAUUCUACCGCAGCGUACCAAGGAUCAUCGCUAUGGCACUGGAGGCGCUCAAGACUUGAUUCCAUCGUGACAGUGAAGUGAGAUAACAUGAAGGUAAAAGAGAUGGAGACAUUCAGACUCAGGGAGACGUGUGUGAGAAGCACCGGGAGAGCCUUGUCCCGGGA